GGAUGCCGGGCCGCCGGGGUCGCGGCCGCCGAGGAGCGCCGGGCAGGUGACGGAUGGUGGCCUCCCGGGACGGAGGUAAUGUGUUUGCAAACCACAACUUUAAACAUCAGCCGACUGCUCCUAUCGACAAGAGUAUCCCCUGUUAAUUUUUGUAUUUUUCAAGAUGAGUAACAGCAAACUAAUUCCCAAGCUCUCUACCCAUUCGCCUGUCCGUCAUGCCAACUUCGAUAUCCCAACCACACAUCCACCUGUUAAGAAAGAAGACUUACAUCUGAUUUCAAGAGACUCCUUGGAAUCUGAUUCUGAAAGCCUCACUCAAGAGAUUAAGUCUCAGCCUGAACUUGAGGACCAAAUCCAGGACAAUGAUAUGGAGCCUGACAGCUUAGAGGAGGACAGCCUGAGUGAGACAGAAGAGGAAGCAAGCAGAAAAACAGCUCCGGUGGCCGGCGAGGAACACCUCCAUGCCCAGGACAAUGGCAACAAUGACAGCCAACAACCAAUAGAAGACAAAUAUUCAGACCUCCGAUAUGACCCAAACUGGAAGAAUAAGAAAGAGGAAGCGCAGCUGCUGACUGCAGAAGCAUUGCCAGGGUCUGCAGACAGCUCUUCAGAAAAUCUGCCUUUGGAUCCACUCUACCCUUCCAAGGAGCCAUCGAUGGAACUCUCAAAGGAUAAAGUCGGACAGAAAAGGAGUCCACAGAGUGCAGCCUCCUUACUUGGAAGUGAAUUUUUAAGCCCAGACUAUGAGCAUGGCGCCCAUCGCAGUGAGCCCUUUUUCGAGCUGAGUGACAGUGACCUGGAGGAGAAAUCAAGCAGCAACGUCUCUCGGUACGUGAAGAGUUCAAGUUCACAUAACGAAGUUUUCCUGCCAGGAUCACGUGGCCCUCGGCGAAGGAAGUCCAAACAAUAUUUUGUGGAAAAAAACAAGCUGACUUUGGGAAUACCCACUCCUAAAACAGACUCUUACCUACAACUUCACAAUAAAAAAAUGGGGGAAAUUCACCUAGAACAGAUCUCCUCUUCCAUCAGAGCAACUGACAAGACGUCUAUUCAAAAUGCCAAAGAGACUGAAAAUGCUGCCAUCGAUCCUGAAGACAAAUGGCAUCAAAGAGCACAACAGCUAAAGGAACAUUGGUCUCAACAUGAAAGUACAAAAUCAAGCAAUGUACCAAGAGGUCAAUCUUCUGAAACAGCUAAUGGCCAGCAACCUUCCAGAAAGACAGCCAAGCCCAAGAUUAGAAAACAGCAUAAACGCCAGAAGGGCCUGAAGUCUUUCAUGACUGAAGAGGUGGUUGUCAGUCAAGAAAACCAGAAUAACACUCCCAGACAGCAACCAAACCAAAAUAAGCCUAUUGAUACUUCAAGAAAGCACAAACCAGUUGUGAUUAUGAAUGCCUCUAAGAACAAUGUACAAGACUCAAGUGCACUUAGGAGCCGGAAUCCCAAAGUAACCUCCAAUACAUUUGUUCCACCAAAACAGGCUUUCAACAAGGUAUUAUAUAAAAACCCUACUGGAUAUCACCCAGGGGUGAAUGCUAAUAGAGAAAGAGGACACAAAGACCAAGAAGAGAAAAGAUUUUCCUAUCAGCAGCUACACAGCAACACUCUUUCCAAUAUGGAUUUGAACAACCUUAAUGAACUUUCUAAGAGACAGGUGCUCCUGAGUCAGAUAAGCUCUCAGUCUGGCUAUAACACCAACGUUCAUGGACCAACUGAAAAUAAGAAACAAGUCCAACAGCCUUACACAGAGACAAAAUAUAAGAACUUGGAAAUGUUAUGGAAAUUCCAUUCUGCCUCUGAGAGCCAGCCUGUCCGAGCUUCUCCAGACGCGCGACUCGCUCAGAUAAUGGAGCAGCAUCAGCAAGCCCUGGUGCAGCUGACGGAGGUGCAGCCCGGGGCAGGGGCCUCGUCCGGCAUCACACUCCCCCCUAUACUGUCAAGGGUAGAAAGCGAAUCCCAACUCAGUUCAGAGAGAAGCCAAAGAAACCAAAUGAAAAUUAGUCGUAGCAAUUCUGAAGGUUAUCUGUUUCAACUGGAAAAAGGAAAAAAACAUAGGAAAAUGAGCGGCAUUAAGAGUUCCAAGCUGAAAGGUUAUCAGAAAAGAGACGUGAAGCUUGGUGGCCUCGGACCCGACUUUGAGUCCAUCAGAGACAAAAUGCAAAGAUUAAUACAGCAAAAGGAAUACGCAAAACAAGUUCAGGAGUACAACACGAGGACACUAUCUGUUCUGUCAAAACCACAAACAGCAAAAAUUGAAAGUAAAUCUUCCAUCCCUCGGCAGAAGGCUUUGGAAUAUGCUAAGACCAUCCCAAAACCCAAAUCAUCAAAUCUGACUGAUCAAACAUCAAAGGAAAAAAAAAAUCCAACCUAUUCUGGAAAAGAAGAAAGUUUACCUGAAAUCUCACUGCUGGAAAUACUGCAGAGCAGACACGAAAGGGAAAAACAGGCUGUGGCUGCUUUCAAAGUCCUUCACAUUGUAUAGACAGUCUUAGGUAGGAGAGCAAAAGUGCUCCAGGAAUGGACAUGGAGAAAAGAAACUCCAGCCAACCUGUCUGCAUUGGGAGUGAUGACCUAUCAUUCCUAUCGGUUUCAUCUAACUGCAGUCCAUGUUUGCUUUUUGCAGGAUUUAAAAUAUGGGGCCUGAUCAGAUUUUAGUGCCAUAUUUUACUUUCUAGGAAGAAAAAAUUUUCAAUUAUUUAUUUUCAAAUCAAUUAGAAUUUGGGCUUGAAUAAGAACUAGAGAAUAAAGCCUUUGGUUUUAUAUUG